CAGCAAAGGAAGUCCAGGAAUACCUUCAACUCUGCAACCAUGCCUAGAUUUAACCCACUUCCAGCGUGUCCGAUUCCAAUCCAAUUCGAUGUUGAUUCUCGGAUCAAAGAGCUCCAAACCAUGAUUGACGGUCCAACUACCAGCGAGGAGCAGAAAACUAACCUGCGUGCUGCCAUUGAUCUCUACAACAAACGUGUGCUCCCAGGACCCUGGAGAUUGAUUCAAGAUGGCCAGGGAUAUGGCCAACAGCUGUCAUCACAGGCUGCAGCACCUAGCCUGUGUUCUGCUCCUUCUGAGAGUUCCUUGAGCCAGCAACUUGCCCACCGCGUGGCGUACAAUCCUUAUCCAGCAGGCCACGCAAGUGGGCAUGAGAUAUUCGCACGAAUUCGACAGAUUCCCAGUCCUGCAUCACCGUCAUCAGCGGCUUAUGGCGAGAAAACCAUGUCAGAGGAGAACCCGUUCCCUCCGGUGGAUUUUAUGUUAUGGUUUUGCGUUGUUCCGUCGCUUUUGUUCAUUUCGGGCCAUAUGCUUUCGUUGCGCACUUGAUCUGGCUCCUAAUUCACCGAUUUGCGAGUAUCUAUGCGAAUAACUUUGUACCCUUAGUAGCAUCAUCGAGACUGGAGGUUGACUAAGCUGCUUAUCGUACUCCUCGUGAACCGCUUGGGCGAUGGUUAAUGUGAUCAUCCACCUAGCGUAGACGAGGGGAAACGCGCGAGUGAGACGGGAUGAUUUGUCAGUGGCAGAAGCUUGUGCCGCCGAUGUGAAACGGGAAGAGGGUCCAGCAUUCGGUUGACGGACGGGAGAAAGAAGAUGGAUUGAGGAAGAGGUGUUGACGUGCAAGAGCAGCAGGGAGGGAGCCCUUUAUAUAUACCAAUAGACCAAAAGAAUGCGCUAAGCCGGAACAGGGAGGAUAUUCCGGAAGUAUAGAGUACGGAGUAGUCUCUAUCAACGUGUAGAAAUACUAUGAAAGGAUUUAAAAAG